UACACUGCUUCCGCCAAGACUUCGUCUCUGGAGCAGGUCUCCAAGGCUCUCGCCCAGCUGGGUGAGGUCUUCAAGAAGGACGCCAAGCUGACCUCCAUCCUCAACGCCCCGACCCUCUCCGCCAGCGACAAGCAGCAGAUCGUGCAGGAGCUCCACAAGAUUGCCGGCGCCGACAAGGGCGACAUUGUGAAGAACUUCCUCAACACCCUGGCUGAGAACAACCGUCUGGGCCUGUUGGAGGGCGUUGUCGAGAAGUUUGCGACUCUGAUGAGCGCGCACCGUGGUGAGAUCGAGCUCAGCAUUACCAGCGCUCAGGAACUCGACAACAAGACCAUCCAGCGCAUUGAGAAGGCUGUGGCCAAGUCUGAGUACAGCCAGGGCAAGAAGCUCAAGGUGGUGACCAAGGUUAACCCCGACAUCAUUGGAGGCCUCAUUGUCGAGAUUGGCGACCGCACCAUCGACCUCAGCGUUUCGUCCAAGAUCAGCCGACUCAACAAGGCUCUGACUGACGCUCUGUAA